AUGAGUUUCUUCAAAGCUUUCAAGCUGUCCUACACACCAUUGUCACAAGAGGAUGGUGCCCCCUUACCACCCCCAGCAACAGCAUCUACUAGCCCAAACUCAUUCAAAACCAAAUUGGCAAAACUUAACCCUUUCAGAAACAGCUCUGUCUACCUUGAAGAUGAAGAAAACUACGUCACUUCCGAGCCAGGAAUGUUUGAACUCUCUAGAUGGGAUAGAAUGCUCAUUUUCGCCUUGACAUUUGCUGGAUCAAUGUGUUGUUAUUUGAUUUGCAUCUUUUUAUUCCCGGUCCUUUCAUUGAAACCAAGAAAGUUUGCCCUUUUAUGGUCUCUUGGAUCAAUUUUCUUCUUGGUAAGUUUUGGGGUUUUACAAGGGUUCCAGGCUUAUAUGUUACAUCUUUUCCUGUCAACCCGAAUUAUAUUCACAGUGGUGUUCGCUACUAGUAUCAUUAUGACUUUGAUCAGUAGUUUAUCCUUGCACAGUGCGCUUUUAUCGAUUAUAUUUGCUAUCAUUCAACUUAUCAGUGCUUUAUGGUAUACUGUCAGUUACUUCCCCAUGGGGACCCAGACUCUCAAUCUUGCUAGUUCGGUUGCCAGAAGUCAAGUUGACGGUUGGAUAAAUUCUUAA